AUUUGACGACACCUCUUUCUUUUGCUUCCGGCUGUCAUUUUGUGCGGUUGCUACACGUGAAUUUUUCGCGAAAAAUAUUAAAUUUUUAUAAAUAAAUAUGGAUAAACCAGUUGUUUGGGCACGCGUCAUGAAAGUCUUGGGCCGUACCGGUUCCCAGGGACAGUGUACACAGGUGAAGGUUGAAUUCAUCGGUGAACAAAACCGUCAAAUUAUCCGCAACGUUAAGGGACCAGUCCGUGAAGGUGAUAUUCUUACCCUGCUUGAAUCUGAACGUGAAGCCAGGAGACUUCGCUAGUUAGGCAUAAGCGCUGGGAGAAAAGCCUGUUUAUCCAUUUUGCGUGACAUGGUACUAUGCAACUUUGAUUCAUCUGAUUGUAAUUACUGAAAGCGGAACAAUGAAUAAACAAGUUUUUGAGUAGUAAAAA